UUUUUUUUUUCUUCCCCUACCAGGAUGUAAGUCACCACAAAGGAGCUGAAGUUCAAAUGAGGCUGCCCUAGCCUCGCGUGAAGCGAUGGAAUCCAGGCUUUGAGGGAGCGAGCCUGAGCUCUGCCCUCCCCGAGAGCAGCUGGGGCUCUGCCUCCGAAGCAGCACGGUGCGGAUGGGUAGCUGAGCCCGGGGAGCCACGCUGCGAAAAGUCUUGAAGAAGAGAAAGGGAGAAAAAGAAAGACUUUUGUCGUUCACCGAGUUAUUUCUCUGUGUAACUCCCAGUACAGCACACAGGGCUGUUCUGGGUAGGCUUCAGGUCACGGAAGAGGUAGGCUUUGGCUAAGUGAGAUGUCACAACUCCUGCGUCCGAGCUCUUCUGAAAGCCUCUGGUGAAAGCACGCUCAGGACUGAACAAAAGCCAAAGGAGACCAGAUUUUUAGAAGUUCCUUGCAGAAGAAUAUUUGACCAGAACUAGAGGAUCAUGACGACAACAAGAUUCAUCUGUUUAAUGCUAGUAUCUGUUGUGGGAGCUACUGCAAGUGAAACUCAAGAAUUUGAAGGCAACAAUGAGGAAACAGAACAAGAAUUCAUUUACAUGAACAGAUACAAGCGUUCCAGUGAGACGCAGGACAAGUGCACUUACACCUUUAUUGUACCUCAGCAGAGAGUGACGGGUGCCAUUUGUGUAAACUCUAAGGAGCCUGAAGUUCUACUUGAAAACAGGGUAAAUAAGCAAGAGUUACAGUUACUUAACAAUGAACUUCUUAAACAAAAGAGACAAAUAGAAACUCUCCAGCAACUGGUAGAGGUGGAUGGUGGGAUUGUUAACGAGGUGAAACUCUUAAGGAAAGAGAGCAGGAACAUGAAUUCUCGUGUCACCCAACUCUACAUGCAGUUACUACAUGAAAUCAUCCGAAAGCGUGACAACGCCUUAGAACUUUCACAGCUUGAGAAUAAGAUUUUGAACCAAACUGCAGAUAUGUUGCAGCUUGCAAACAAAUACAAAGACUUAGAGCACAAGUACCAACAUCUGAUGACGAUCGCCAAUAAUCAGUCAAUAAUAAUCGCCCAACUGGAAGAGCACUGUCAAAGAAUGCCACCCAUAAAGCCACUGCCACAAACGCCUCAGCCGCCGAAUAAAGUCUACCAGCCUCCUACUUACAACCGCAUUAUUAACCAGAUCUCUACUAACGAGAUUCAGAGCGAUCAGAACUUAAAGGUUCUGCCACCCACCUUACCAACCAUGCCCGCAGUGACCAGCAUUCCAACUUCAACUGAUAAACCAUCUGGGCCCUGGAGAGACUGCCUACAAGCUUUAGAGGACGGCCAUGAUACAAGUUCCAUCUAUCUUGUAAAACCAGAGAACACAAACCAGCUUAUGCAGGUCUGGUGUGAUCAACGGCAUGACCCUGGUGGCUGGACAGUCAUCCAGAGAAGGCUGGAUGGGUCUGUCAACUUUUUCAGGAACUGGGAAACAUACAAGCAAGGAUUUGGUAAUAUAGAUGGAGAGUAUUGGCUUGGAUUAGAAAAUAUUUAUUUGCUAACAAAUCAAGGCAACUACAAACUGCUCAUAACAAUGGAAGACUGGUCAGGUCGAAAAGUGUUUGCUGAAUAUGCCAGCUUCAGACUGGAACCAGAAAGUGAAUAUUACAAGUUGAGACUGGGACGCUACAAUGGGAAUGCAGGAGACUCCUUCACUUGGCACAACGGGAAACAAUUCACCACGCUGGACCGGGACCACGAUGUCUACACAGGUAACUGUGCUCAUUACCAGAAGGGAGGAUGGUGGUACAAUGCAUGUGCUCACUCUAAUCUCAAUGGAGUUUGGUAUCGUGGAGGCCACUACCGCAGUCGUUAUCAGGAUGGUGUUUACUGGGCCGAAUUCCGAGGGGGAUCGUAUUCACUAAAGAAAGUUGUUAUGAUGAUAAGACCUAACCCCAACACAUUCCACUGAAAUAUCUCCUCUCCUGGUUUCCUUUCUUGUUCUAAAAAAAAAAAAAUA